AUGGGUGGUUGCUCUGAGAAGAUGCAUCUUCUUUCUAUUCUCCUGCUGGUCUUUCUACUAUCACCCAGAGCUGAAGCUGGAGAGAUCAUCGGAGGCAAAGAGUGCAAGCCACACUCCUGCCCCUACAUGGCCUACCCGGAAAUUGUCACUUCCAGGGAUCACCUGGGGAGUUGUGGUGGUUUCCUGAUAAGACAGGACUUUGUACUGACAGCUGCUCGCUGUGCAGGAAGCUCUGUAACGGUCACCCUUGGAACCCGUAACAUAAAAGAGAAACAAGGCACACAGCAGAAGCGUGAGGUGGUAAAACAAUUUCCUCACCCAAGAUAUAACCACUUUACUGUUCACAAUGACAUCAUGUUACUAAAGUUAAAGGAGAAAGUCAACCUGACCCUGGCUGUGGGAACACUCCCUCUCCCAUCCCAAUCCAACUUUGUCCCACCUGGGAGAACGUGCUGGGUGGCUGGCUGGGGAAGAACAACAGUGGAGGAACCAAUGUCAGACACUCUGCAAGAGGUGAAGCUGAGACUCAUGGAUCCCCACGCCUGCAAGCACUAUCCAAAUUUUGACCACAAUUUCCAGCUGUGCGUGGGCAAUCCCAGGAAGACAAAAUCUGCAUUUAAGGGAGACUCUGGAGGCCCUCUUCUGUAUGCUGGAGUGGCCCAGGGCAUUGUCUCUUAUGGACAGGGGAAUGCAAAGCCCCCUGCUGUCUUCACCCGAAUCUCCCAUUACCAGCCUUGGAUCAAUAAGGUCCUGAAGGAGAAUUAA